AUUGGUCUGUGUUUCUUACUCUAUGAUACAAAUAAAUUGCCAAAUUGCAUUGUCGAUCGUAAAUCGUAAAUAUUUUCGUGAAUUGUUUUAAAUUAGCGUGACGAUGUGCUAAACAAUAAGUGAACAUAAUGUUUAUUUGUUACAACUUAGCUGAAUAACCCUAAAUGUCGUCUACGCAUAUGGAGUCGGCAAAGAGAAGUGUCGAUAUGGAUAUUGCCUCCAAUAGUCAAGAAUCCCAAAAAGCGGGGGAAAAUGCGGAUAAAAAUAAAAACAAACAGCCUGGGGAGUCACAGGGCCAUUGCUACUGUGGCAAAGAUCGUAAUCUCAACAUAGUGGAGUUGUUAUGCGCUUCGUGUAAUAGAUGGUACCAUGAGUCGUGUAUAGGAUACCAAUUGGGCAAACUGGUUCCUUUUAUGACCAACUAUCUCUUCAUAUGCAAGAACUGUUCACCAACUGGUUUGGAAACAUUUAAGAAGAAUCAAGCUCCGUUUCCGCAAAUGUGUCUAACAGCGAUAGCAAACUUGAAACAGGAGAGCUCUAAGGAGGGCAGCAACAGGAACAUGUUCAGCAAGGAUAGGGACAUUAUUCCAUAUAUUGACCAGUACUGGGAGGCUAUGACUACUAUGCCUAGAAGGGUCACCCAAUCCUGGUACGCGACAGUCCAGCGAGCCCUCAUUAAAGACAUCCAGAUACUCUUCACUUAUGAAGAGGACACGAGUCAGGGGCCGAUGUUUGGACUAUUCAACACUGAGUUGACAUGCAUCAAGCCUAACUAUGAAGCCAUGAUCAAGCAGGGACAACUGAAGGUCACCGACAUGGGAAUUGCCACUGUCCAACUAGGAGGCAACGUAAAAGGACGUCAAGGCAAACGGCGCCCAGCGGUGGGCGUGGAAACUAGCGCGCCCGUAGGCAAGAAGGGCCGCUCGGCAGAUUUGGGCGCGUUGAAACUACCUUCUCACGGCUAUCCUACCGAACACCCGUUCAAUAAGGACGGUUAUCGGUACAUACUGGCUGAGCCCGACCCCCAUGCACCGUUUAGACAGGAGUUUGACGAAAGCAAUGAAUGGAGCGGCAAGCCGAUCCCGGGCUGGUUGUACCGUUCGCUUUGCCCCGGGAUAGUGUUGCUCGCGUUGCACGACCGCGCGCCUCAGUUGAAGAUCUCUGAAGAUAGGCUCGCGGUCACCGGAGACAAGGGGUAUUGCAUGGUGCGCGCUACACAUGGUGUGUCCCGCGGUACGUGGUACUGGGAGGCCACGGUGGAGGAGAUGCCCGAGGGCGCGGCCACGCGGCUGGGCUGGGGCCGCCGCUACGCCAACCUGCAGGCGCCGCUGGGCUACGACAAGUUCGGUUACUCCUGGCGCAGUCGGAAAGGCACUCGGUUCCACGAGUCUCGCGGCAAGCACUACAGCGCAGGCUACGGCGAGGGCGACACUCUCGGCUUCCUGAUCGUGCUGCCGGACAGUGUCCACACCAAAUAUACACCCAGCACUUACAAGGAUCGACCUCUAGUCAAGUUCAAGAGCCACCUCUACUACGAAGACAAGGACAACAUACAGGAGUCGCUCAACAACCUCAAACCUCUACCGGGCAGCAAGAUCCUUUACUUCAAGAACGGCAUUUGCCAGGGCGAAGCGUUCACGGAAGUGUUCCAGGGCUGCUACUUCCCCGCCGUGUCGCUGCACCGCAACAGUACGGUCAGCGUCAACUUCGGACCCAACUUCAAGUUGCCGCCCAACACGGACUACAACUACCGCCCGAUGUCAGAAAAGGCUGAGGAAGCAAUCUGCGAGCAGACCAUGGCGGAUCUCCUGUACCUCACCGAGAACGAGGGCAAGCUGCGGCUGGACACGUUCAACCUCUGAUACAACUAACACCGGCCGGCGGUGUCUAAACAUGGGCGGACUGGAGUGGACAGUGAUUCGUGCUGUGCAAUCGAUUAGAUAUAUGGAACUCUGUGCCUCACCGAAAACGAGGGCAAGCUGCGGCUGGACACGUUCAACCUCUGAUACAACUAACACCGGCCGGCGGUGUCUAAACAUGGGCGGACUGGAGUGGACAGUGAUUCGUGCUGUGCAUUCGAUUAGAUAUAUGGAACUCUGUGCCUCACCGAGAACGAGGGCAAGCUGCGGCUGGACACGUUCAACCUCUGAUACAACUAACACCGGCCGGCGGUGUCUAAACAUGGGCGGACUGGAGUGGACAGUGAUUCGUGCUGUGCAUUCGAU